UAUUUCUCAAGCCAAUGAACAGAAGCCCAAGUCUCAUUUAAUUUGUUCAUGGUGGACGGCGUUCCACGUGUCACAAAAGUGCUUCCAGUCACAUUCAUUUGCUCAUACAUACUCGCAGACGAAGCAAUCUAAAUAUUCGCCUGCUAUUCAGCUGUUCAUCCACCCAGUCUUUCCCAAACUCAAACCCAGAUGGCGCAACCUAAUUGGUUACUGGUUCUAUUACAAUGAUCUUCAAUCUUCCAGAUUUUAUUUUGGACUCCACGUCAGCUAUAUCCCCAAUUACAAAAAAAUGGAAUCGCCGAGAUAAUAGAAAUACGCGGCUCGCUGGCUCGCAUAUAGCUUCCCUCCAUUCUCAGUUUUCUUGCCGUUUCGGAAGAACCUGUCGUCGCCUAAUUGCCGAAUCCACGAGUUUUCAAAGGUGAUUAUUAAGGGAGUUAAUCAGGGCUUAAUGAUUAAUGAUUAAUCUACGCUGCUGGAAUGAGAUCAAGAAGUGAAGCAUGCCGUUUUCAGCCGUUCUUUCUCCCAAUCUUCAAGCUACAAGUCUUAAUCUUUACUCCUCCAGGCUUUGCUUGGUGACAGGGUUUAGGAAACAGAAAAUACCUGGAUUUUUUGUGACAAUUAGGAAAAGAAGAGGGCAAUCUCUAGGGAUUGUGACUUCUCCGAAUUGUGGGCAUUCAAGUGUAUACGAUGAUGGAGCAACUGAACCUGCGAGGAUUCUUCUUGAAAGAUUGUUUGAGCAGACUCAGAAGUUGGAAGAACAGAUGAGCAGAGAUUCUUGUUUACGUCAGGAUGUUUGUCUGGGGUUUAACCUUGAUGUUUUGGAAUCUGAUCUUCGGGCAGCAUUGGCUGCUUUGAAAAAGAAGGAAGAAGAUCUAGAAGACGCAGAAAGAAGGGUUUUCUUGGAGCACGUUGAAUUAAACCGUGCAAAGGAGGAGUUGCAGCUGCGGGAGCGAGAAAUCUCUGUUGCUUGCUCUAGGCAUGAAGAAAUAGAAGAGGAGCUAAGGCAGUCAAAUCUCAAGUUGAUUUCUCAAGCCCGGAAUAUAGAAGACUUAAAACUGCGGCUUAAGGAAAGAGAUCAAGAGAUUGCUUCUGUCCGGUCUGCACUCUGUUUGAAGGAAGAUGAACUAGAAAAAAUGCAAAAUGAAUUGGUGAGGAAGAGUGAGGCAGUUUCCACGAUAGAUUCUGAACUUAAAUGUAGGUCUCGGUUGGUGGAUGAAGCCAAUGAAGUUGUUAAGAAACAAGAAAUCGAGAUUCAAAAUCUCCAUAAAGCCAUUCAAGAUAAAGAAGAAGAGCUAGAAGUUUCUCUGACCAGUAAGGAAUUCAAAAAGGAGAAGCUUAAAGCUGCAGAGGUCAACUUGGAAAAGCGGACCAGAGAAUGGUUAUUGGCUCAAGAAGAACUGAAGAAGCUGGCAGAAGAGGCAUCUAGACACAUGAAAGAAACUAAUGAAACCAUGGAAGACUUUGUGAGAGUGAAGAAGCUUCUUACUGAUGUGAGGUCUGAGCUGGUCUCUUCUCAGAAGUCUUUGGUAUCAUCUAGACAGCUAAUGGCAGAACAAGAGCAACUGUUAAAUAAACAACUAGCCGAACUUGAAGAACAGAAAAAAAGUGUGACUUCUUACAUAACUAGCCUGAAGGAUGCCCAAAUAGAAGUUGAGAGUGACAGAGUGAAGCUUAGAGUUGCAGAUGCUCAAAACAAGAAGCUUGAACAGGAUUUAUCUGCAAAGCAAGAACGGCUAAAAGAGUUACAGGAUGAGUUAAAGAAAGAAAAAUAUUCUUUGCAACAAGCACUCCAGGAGUCGUCCUCACUUCAAGAGGAGCUAAAGCAGAAGAAUUUUGAAUUUGAAGAAACACAGGAACUUCUUAACGUUAAAGAGUCAGAUUUUGUGGAGGCUAAGCUUGAAAUCCAACAUUUAAAAUCCAAGCAGGCUUCACUUCAGCUUAUCUUGGAGGAGAAAGAUUUGGAGCUUUUGAAAUCUAGGCAAAAGCUGGAGGAAGUGAAUGCAGAGGUUGCAGAGCUUAAGAAGAUCAUGAGCAGUAGAGAAGAACAGCUUAUUCAAGCAACCACUAUGCUUAAGGAAAAAGAGGAACAUGUUAAGAUAUUACAAGACAAGUUGGAUGAUACAGAGCUGAAAGUCUCUGAAGCCGAAACCGUGAUUGAAAGAAUUGUUGGUCUCUCAAACGAAUUGGUUAUCUCCAUCAAGGAUGAAGAAUAUAAUACUUCAGCUGGACCAACUGACUACAUAGAAUUCGCGUCAAUGCAGCAAGUCUUGGAAAAACCAAAUGAUAAUUACAGGUUGCAGAAUAAACAACUACAAAAUGAGCUGGAGUUAGCUAGAGAAACCUUAAGAACGAAAGAGAUGGAGAUUCUAGCUGCAAAGAGAGCCCUGACAAUCAAAAACCAAGAGCUCAACAGUGUUCUUGAUAGAUUAGAUGAUCGGGAGAAAGAACUAAAGAGGUUGAAGGAAGAAAUGUUUGAAGAUGCUAGCGAUUUGAAGAAACUUUAUGCUUUAGCACAGGAGAGAAUUGGGGAGAAAAGUAUAGGAGACUUGGCCAUUGAAAAACUUCAACUGGAGGCAGCUCAACUGGAAGUUGAAGCUGCAACAAGUGCCCUGCAAAAACUUGCUGAAAUGAGUCGAGAACUAUUGAAUAAAACAAGCUUAAGUAUUGAAACUGAUAGUAACAUUGUCUUGCCAGAAAGCGGCAUUUACCCUGGGAUUGAAAAAAAGGAAUGCAUCACAGAAUUUCAAGCAGAAGUUGCCCGGCUUUCAGCUUUGACUGAUCAGCUAGUGAAAGAUGCUGGCAUUGCAGUCAAUCAAACAAGAAGUUGAUUUUGUGAUAUAGCUUACCUGGUACUGACUGAUUUGUUUACUAUAUCUGCCGAAUGCUUAUGGAGGUAUUUUGGACCAUUGUUGUGGCACCAACCAUAUUGUUGUCAAAUGUCAAGAUGUCCUUUGUUGUAUGACUGAGUGAUUCAAGAGUGUGUUUUUUGUGA